AUGAGUCGACAGGCCCCUCUCCGAGUAGCUGUCGUCGGAACGGGAUUGGCCGGGCUUAGCACCGCAUAUCUCUUGCAAAAUGACGAACAACAACGAUAUGCAGUGACCUUAUUUGAACAGGCUGAGAGCCUGUCUUUCGACUCAGCAUCGGUUGCAAUUCGAGAGGAGAGCUCGGGCAGUAUUGAGAGGAUCGACCUUCCAAUGCGCGCACUCGCCGGAGGAUAUUAUCCCAACGUGAUGCGCAUGUAUGACCACUUGGGCAUCCCGUAUCAUCCCAUCCGCUUCUUGUUCUCAUUCGCCAAAUCACUGCCUGCACGCAAGCCUGAUACGAUAGCAUCGGGAAAGAACCAGGCAACUCUGGAUGGCGCCAGCGGAGUGCCUGGCGAGUACUUUGUCCACGCAUCCAAUUUGCACCAAGUCCCACCUUGGCCGGGAAACCGCGGGAUUUUGGCGCAUUUCGUAGAGAUACUGUGCCUGAUCAUAUGCCAGUUCUGGUUCACAGUGGCAUGCUUCAUGGUGCACCCCUUGACUGAGGGGUCUGAUGGGGGAGAGACAUUUGGCGACUAUCUGAGGAGGAUAUGGCUACCGCGACGGUAUGCCACGCACUACCUUCUCCCACUCAUCAGCAGCGUUUCGACGUGUACGCAUGCUGAGCUUCUGGCGUUCCCUGCCAGUGACGUUGUCGAGUACAAGAAACGCUCGCAUGGACAACAGCACUACACUGUCUGCGGCGGUGUCCACCAAGUUGAAGGAAGAUUGGCAAAAGAAAUGAAAGACGUCCGACUAGGAGCGUGUGUUGCAGAGGUAGCCUCAACGGCUGAUGGAAGAGUGAGACUCCGCUGGCAGUCGACGGCGAACGCAGCUGGACAGAUUUUGGAUGACGUAUUCGAUCGGGUUAUUCUCGCUGUGUCGCCGGAUGUGGCUGGCAAGAUCUACCAACCCCUACGCGACAUUCUCGAGCCAUUGCCAACAAUCCGCGUGGAGAGCUCAGUUCUCCGUCCUCUCGAUGCAAAACCAAGCCAGUCGUUCACUCUCAUGGAGGAUGAAGGGAGACAUCCGAAAGCUUGUUCACAUCAUCGUGGAAAUGUCAUGCCGCCCCAAAUUAUCUGUCUCAGAACCGACUUUUCCGCAAAAGAAGCUGCGCGGACAGAGGCUUUACACACAAUGCCUGGAGGAACAGUCGUGAGCACUUGCCCGCUCAACGUACAGGCCGAUGCGAAGAGGGUACUGCGGACAGCAAGGUUUACAAGGACCUUGAGGACGUGUCAGAGUAGGGCAGUUAUCCGAAAGAUCAUGGGUGAGGACAGGAAUCUGGACAAGAAGAAUGACCAGACCGCCGGCAUGGGUGACUGGACCAAUGGACAAGAUAAUGUGUGGUUAACCGGGGCGUGGUGCUGGGAUGGAAUGGUCCUACUUGAAGGCGGACAUGGGUUCAUUCUUAUUCAUACAAUGACACUACCAAUUGACGCCGUUCCUGACUUCUGGAAAGGUGUCUUACUAGGCGCGACUGGCUGCACAUUUAUAAUUUUGAUAGUCACCUUGGCAUUUACUGUCACUUUUCUUCGGCGGAAAGACGUCUACGACAAUGAUCACUGGAAGCUGAACCUCAAAGUGCCGUUCACCACCAUGUGGAUGAACAUGGGUUAUUGGACGAGUGCCGACAACCUACGCAUUACAGAUUUCGAGACAGCCUGUCGCAAUUUGCUUUUAGAGGUCCUCAAAGAAGCCCAGAUUUGUGAAGAUGUAGUUCGGUCUUCGGCAAUAUCUAUUCUAGACCUAGGUGUUGGCUGUGGUGACCAGUCCCUGGAGCUUGCACUACUAAUUAACGAGCGAGGUGUGACCAGCUAUCGAUAUGUAGGGCUCACUCUCAACGAGUCCCAGUAUCGAUUGGCCUCAAAUAGAGCCCAAUUGCAGGCUCAAAAGCUCAAAUUAGAAGAUGGAAGUGUUGAGGUAUUUUGCGCUGACGCUGCCAACCCCGACACCUGGGGCGCGCACGUAAAGUCUGCAAUCAGAUCUUUGAAGGAGGACAGCGCCGACCAACAACGAUGGGUUCUAGCGCUUGACAGCCUGUACCACUUCUAUCCCUCCAGAAAGCCAAUCUUCAACUAUGCCGCGCAGACACUCGAUGCCUCGUUCAUGGCCUUUGACUUGAUACUGAGCGACGGAGCGUCUUUACGACAGAGGUUCCUCGUCAAUCUCAUUGGCCUGGCGAUGGGUUGUCCUGCUGCUGCUUUUGUUACAUUGUCAGACUACAAGAAGCAGCUCCUUGACGCGGGUUAUGAUGAAGAUGAUAUCCAUUUCAAAGAUAUCACGGAACAUGUCUUCUCUGGUCUCGUCAGUUAUAUCAAAAGUCAGAGUGAAGCGUUACGGCCGUUUGGGAUCUCAGCGGUGAAGUUCAAGGUUGCAGCAAUGGUGUUUGACUGGUUCGCUGAGUCAAACGCAAUGAGGGGAACAAUUGUGAUUGCGCGCAAGAGAUCCGAGACCCAAGGAGAAGCAUCGGAUAUGAAGGGAAGAGCAAAAUGA